UAAACGGUGCGUUAAUGUGGAGGGGAAUGCAACGCUGUUAAGAGACUAUUAUGUGUGAUAUCUCAGUUUCAGUCCAAAAUCAGUCAAGUCCAAAGCUGUUCUUACUCAAAAAACGGUAUCAAGGAUUUCGAGUAUCACUGACAUUAUACAAGGAGUCGAAUACAUUUGAUCCAUAUAAUACAUGUAACUUGGAAGAGAAAACUGUAAUUUUUUAUUAUCCUGGCUAGGAAAGAUAUGAAUAUCUGCGAUUGUGCUUAAUCAGCGCUUGUUUACCAUGUCUGACAAGAACAUCAACUUGACUCGCGUAACGAAGACAAUCAUCUCCUCUUUGAUCGCUGAAAUUUUACCAUCGAAACAGUUAACAUUUACAAAGUUCCAAGUGAAGCCUUUCUCGAGUGAAAAACUUGGCUACAUGGGUAUUCACGAGUUGCUGACCAUCGAGACGUGCGUGAACAACGAGAUCCAGAGCUUCACGUUCUUCGUAAAGUCGCUGGUACCAAGCCAUAACGACUUCGAAGAACUGACAUUUCUCGAGGAGUCCAACUUCUUCAAAAAUGUGAUGCCUCGACUGCUCAAGGGUCAUCUAGAUUUGCAAACCUGGGCUGCCAAGUGCUACCUUUCUAACAGUAAUGUUAUAGUUUUGGAAAAUUUGAAAUCUCAAGGUUUCGAUAUCGUCAAAGACGUACUUUUGAUCGGACAACUGCGAUCGGCGGUGACAAGCCUGGCACGUUUCCACUCAUCUUCGAUACUUUUAGAGAACAAAGUGAAGAAACCACUGAACGAGCUUUAUCCAGGGUUUUUCGAAGAAAAGCUGUUGAAAAACAUCGGUAACAACUGGAAGUGGCUGUCGGCUGGUAUCGAGGUCGUCGAAGUCGUGGCUCGGAAGCUAGGUCUGGAACCCAAACACGCUACUGCAGCUUAUACGUUGAUGCUGGAACGGAUCAAACCGGCAAACAACCAGAGGAACGUCCUAUGCCACAGCGACCUCUGGUGCAACAACCUUAUGUUCAAGGACAACCAGGACGGGACCAGUAGCUGCAGGUUCGUAGACUUUCAGAUGGUGGCUUACAAUUGCUACGUCAUGGAUCUUGUUCAACUAAUUCACCUGAACACAAAUGAAGGGGUCAGGAAAAAAAUAGAGGAGGAAUUGGUUGAACUGUAUCACUCGGUACUCACAAAGAACCUUCGCAAAGGUAGUCUGGAGAAUGGCGAGAUCAUCAAAUUGAAGGAGAUUUUCGAGGAUCUGAAAGAAAGAAGGAUAUUCGGCCUGGUCAUAGCAGCCCAAUACUUCCCCAUCGUACUGCUGAACAAAAAAUUGACUGCGGAAUUCACCAAAGAUUCUAGUAAGCUGAAAAAAUACAUGUACCGCAGUCGGAAGAAUUUUGUUCUGCGAUGUAUGAGGCUGGACCAGAAUUAUCGCAAAAGAAUCGAAGAGAGCGUCAGAGAACUCAUCGAAUACAUAGAGGAGUCUGGAAAGGCGCAUCAGCAUCAGUUGUGCAAUACAAAGCUGAAAAAGUCUACGAUUUUUAAUAUAACCUGUCUUGUAAGAGAUAAUAAUUGAAAAUGUAUCCACACGACUGUAUGUAUAAUGGAAUGAAUUUAUAAUAAAUUAUUCAUGCUGAUAUUUA